AUGGAGAACUUGAAUCUUAUCAGAAGCAGCAAAUGGAAGAGAAGGCUGAAUCCCUAUCAAACUCCUAGAUCAAAAUCUUUCGCAUUCAUCCUUCUCUUCUGCACUUGCUCGCUUCUCCUCUUCAUCUCAUCUAGAUUUCGAUUCCCCAAAUCCGUCCUCAAUGUUUCCGAUGAUUCCCUGAAAUCCCCUCUCCUUCCUCCGCCAUGCGGCCGAAUCCGGAACCACAUCGGGCAGGAGAAGUUCCUCUGGUACGCGCCUCACAGUGGGUUCAGCAACCAGUUAUCGGAGUUCAAGAAUGCUCUUUUAAUGGCUGCCAUCCUCAAUCGAACCCUAAUUGUUCCCCCUAUUUUGGAUCACCAUGCCGUGGCCCUCGGUAGCUGUCCCAAAUUUAGGGUUUUGAGUGCUAAUGAGCUGAGGUAUGUUUCAAUGACUGAUAUAAUUGAUAUUUCAUCAGUGGUGUCUGAUGCAACAAUUAGAGUGAUUGAUUUCAGAAUUUUUGUGUCUAAGUGGUGCAAUUUGGACAUGGGAUCCGUGUGUCCUGAGGUUUUUGAAACCCACCUACAUGGUGGGAAGGAUUCGGGUUUGAACAGUGGAUUUUCUGAUGAGCUAAGGAAAUGUGGGUUGCUACUGUCUGGAUAUAAUGGUAAUGAGGAUACAUGUGUGCAUGCAUUAGAUGAGGAUUGUAGAACGACAGUGUGGACUUACCAAAAGGACAAUGAAGAUGGGGUUUUGGAUUCGUUUCAACCGGAUGAUCAACUUAAGAAGAAGAAGAAUAUAUCUUUUGUGAGGAGAAGAAAAGAUGUUUUGAAAGCCCUCGGUCCUGGUUCUGAAGUUGAUUCAGCCAGGCUUCUGGCAUUUGGGAGCCUUUUUACUGCCCCAUAUAAGGGCUCUGAGUCACACAUUGAUAUCCAUGAGGCUCCAAAUGAUCGACAUAUACAGUCUUUGAUUGACAAGAUAGAGUUUCUUCCUUUUGUUCCUGAAAUUCUGAAUUCUGGGAAGGAAUUCGCUCUCCAGAAAAUUAAGGGUCCUUUUCUUUGUGCUCAACUUAGGUUAUUGGAUGGGCAAUUCAAGAAUCAUUGGAAGCCAACCUUUCUAGCAUUGAAGCAAAAGUUGGAGUCUUUGAAAGUCAAAGAUCCUCGCCCAAUUCACAUAUUUGUUAUGACUGAUUUACCGAUGAGUAAUUGGACCGGAACUUAUUUGGGUGAUUUAGUAAAAAAUUCUGGUGACUAUAAGAUUUUUUCUCUGAUGGGGGAUGAUGAUUUGAUCAAAGAAACUGCUAGAAAGCUCAAGAAUGCUGCACAGAAAAUUGAUGGUUGCAGUCCCCAGUCAUUUAAUGAUAUACUGUUGUAUGUAGAACAAGCUGUUUGUAGUUGUGCCUCUCUUGGUUUUGUUGGCACGGCUGGAUCUACCAUAGCAGAAACUAUAGAACUGAUGAGGAAGUAUGAAACAUGUGCAGGUUAA